UCCCUGGAAGACAGAGGAGGUUCUACAGAUGGAGGCCACAAAGGAUGCUAUGUCAGACCUGGAGAGCAGCAUGAUCACUAUUAUCAAAACUUUCCACCAAUACUCGGGUCAGAAGUGCAAUCUGAAGAAAGCAGACCUUAAAGAACUUAUCAACAAUGAGAUGAAUAAUUUCAUAGUGAAAAUCAAGGAGAAGGACACACUGGAUAAACUCUUCGCUGACCUCGACCAGAACGGAGAUUUGGAGAUCGACUUCAAAGAGUUCAUUGCCCUCAUCGCCAUGGUCACCUCUGCUUGCAAUGAACUGUUUAUUCCAAAGCAACAGAAAUAGUUUGCAUGCACAUGAAUUACUCAUUUAAAGAAAGUAUGUUUUGUUUUUUGUGAGACUGGGAGACUCUUAUUAGUCAUGCAGUUUGAUACUUUUUGUUAGUAUGGAAAUGUUUGCUGAAUACACUUACCAGUCACUUUAUUAGGUACACCUAUUCAGCUGCUCAUUAACACAAAUAUCUAAUAAGCCAAUCACAAGGCAGCAACUCAACAGAUUUAAAUAUGUAGACAUUGACCUUUUAAGUUCUGUCAGAGAAGAAUGGCCAGAUUGAUUUGCGCUAACAGGAAGGCAGCAGUAACUCCCUCUUUACAACCAAAGCACAGCAUCUCUCAAGGCACAAAAUGAAACCUCAAACCUUGAAGCAGAUAAACUACAGCAGCAGACGACUACUCCUAUCAGCUGAGGCCACAAUGGAAGACUGAAAAAUGUUGCCUGAUCUGAUGAGAGUAGAUUUCAACUGUGACAUUUGGACGGUAGAGUCCGAAUGUGAUGUAAGCAAGAUGAACUUUUAGAUCUAUGGAUCCUGCAGUUCAGGCUGGUGGUGGUGAAAUAGUGUGGGGGAUAUUUUUUGGCACAGUUUUGGCUAUUUAGUACCAAUUGGGUUUAAACACUACAGCAUACCAGUGUAUUGUUGCCGAACCUGUCGAUCCCUUUAUGACUGCUGUGUACCCAUCUCCUGAUGGCUGCUUGUAGGAGGAAAACAAAAUGUCAUAAAGCGCAGAUUGUCUCAGACUAGAAUCUUGAACAUGAGUUCAGUGUCCUCAAAAGGCCUCCACAGUCACCCGACCUCAAGCCACCUUUGGGAUGUGGUGGAACACAAAAUUUGCAUCAUGGAUGUGCAGCCAACAAAUCUGCAGCAACUGUGUGGCACUAUCAUAUCAAGAUCUCUGAGGCAUGUUUCCAGCACCUUGUUGAAUCUGUUUCAAAGAAUUAAUGUAGUAAUGAAGGCAAAAGAGGGUCCAAACGGACACCACCAAUGUAUACCUAAUAAAAUGGCUGGUGAGUUUCUAAUAUAGCAUGUGUGGAAUAUGUAUUUGAGAAACAAAAAUAUAUAAACGUAUGAU